CUUUCCUCCGGUCCAUCCCCAGAGCACGUCUGCUCCAUCCUGGCCUCCCUCCUGAGGAACCUGCGGAGUCAGCAAAGGACACGGCUGCUCAACAAGUUCACGGAGAACGACAGCGAGAAGGUGGACAGGCUGAUGGAGCUCUAUUUCAAAUACCUGGACGCCAUGCAGGUGGCCGACAAGAAGAUUGAAGGUGAAAAGCACGACAUGGUGCGCCGCGGGGAGAUCAUCGACGACGACACAGAAGAGGAGUUCUACCUGCGGCGCCUGGACGCCGGUCUCUUUGUGCUCCAGCUCAUGUGCUACAUCAUGGCGGAGAUCAGCAAUGCCGGCAUCCCUCAGGUAGGGCCGGCCACGCCUUCCUCCCACCCUCAAGGUUCAGCCCUCAGCUUUUUCUUUUUCUUGGAAUUGAUAGAUAGGAUUUGUUUAUUUGUAUCUCGCUUUUAUCGUUUCUGUCAAUAAUUCAAGGCAGCCAAUAGGUUUGACACACACU